GGCUGCCUUAGCCAAGGCUGAGGCGCGCGAGGCGGAGUGCGCUCGCACUUUGGCUCAGGCGGAGUUCAACAAGCAGAUCGCCAUCAAGGCCCUCGCCAACGCCUCAGGCUUGCAGGUGCAGGCGGCGGGCGACGGCAAGGCCCCUGACAAGGCCGCCGAAGGCGACUGCUUUCGCGUGGAGGUUGAUGAGUCCUUCUUCGCGUCCAUCCAGGACUUAGAGUGCGAGGAAGGUGAACGUAAGGAGAUCGCGGAGCUGGAGAAGCAGUUGCGCGACAUGCAGACGGCAAUGGCCACGAGGUCGUCCGAGGUGAAGGCGUGGGUCGAGCGGACCAAGGCCAUGAAGGCGGCCAUUCAGGAGCGGUUGCAGAAGAAGCGGAAGGUAGAGGCUGGAGGAGUCGCUGGAGGCGCUGAGGGCGGUGGCACCGCUGGCGCUGGCACGGCGACGGGCCCCGAGGUCGCGGCUCAUGAGGGCACGUCAGCGCCCCCGCCAGCCGGGCCUGGCGCGAGCUCGGGCAGCAGCGGCAGUCUCUCGGAAGAGGCCUUGGCAGCGAGGGCCAAGCAGAUCAGUGAGGCCAGGCUCGCAGGUGCUGACGCAGCGAGGCAGCGCGUCAGCCGAUGGCGCUGCGAGCUCGGCUGCUACAUCGGCAUCUUCAGCAUCUACAGCAUGUUCGGCAACUUCAGCGACAGCAUCAUCAUCGGCGACUGGUCAGUCCACGAGCGCGAGUACAUGUACAUCGCAUGG